UUUCGACCAUAGACAAGGACUGGUCUCACUCUCUCUCUCUCUCGUCUUCAAUCGGGCCUCCAACUACGCGCUUUCUCUCGUCACAGCGCCGGCCUCGCCGUUGUCUAUAAAUAGCUUCCCUCGUCCUCCUUCCCGCUUUUCAUCUCUACCUCUUCGAUCUCGUUUCUAGGGUUUUGGACUUCGGUGCCAUGGGGAACUGCUGCUCUGGCGAUGUGGCGGGAGGGCGGCAGGCCGUGGGGGGCGCUGCCACUUCCGUCGGAACCGGUGCGACGGGGAGGAGUGACGCUGUGGAUGCUGUAGAUCACUUCCUAAAGUCUCGUGGUGGAUUUCGUAGGCCUUGCUCUCAGAUCGAGUUGUCUCUCUCUGCUUCGAACUUGCUCAAUCGGGAUAUGCUCUCAAAGAGUGAUCCAAUGACUGUCAUUUAUGCAAAAAGGAAAGAUGGAACACUUGAAGAGAUUGGGCGCACUGAGGUUAUUUUGAAUUCGUUAAAUCCUAUGUGGGUUGUGAAGAUUGGUGUUACUUACUAUUUUGAGGUUGUGCAGCAUCUGGUGUUUCAGGUAUAUGACAUUGACACGCAAUUUCAUAGUGUACCUGUCAAGAUGCUUAAGCUGGAUGAGCAGCAAUUUCUUGGAGAAGCCAGUUGUGCACUGUCUCAGAUAGUGACUAAGAGAACAAGAUCAUUGACUCUAAAUCUUGAACGCAGAGAACAUAAUGGACCACCAGAUUCAAGAAAUUUAGGCCAGCUGACUGUCCUUGCGGAGGAGUAUGCUGGUUCAAAAAUCACGGCAGAAAUGAUUUUCAGGUGCUCAGAUCUGGAAAACAAGGAUCUCUUCUCAAAAAGCGACCCUUUCUUGGUGAUAUCUAAAGUUACAGAAAAUGGGGUAUGGAUUCCAAUUUGUAAGACAGAAGUGAGAAAGAAUGAUCUUAAUCCCAUAUGGAAACCAGUAGUAUUGAAUCUUCAACAGAUUGGAAGUAAGGAUAACCUUUUAAGUAUUGAUUGUUUUAACUUCAAUAGCAACGGAAAGCAUGAUUUGAUUGGCAAAGUUGUCAAACCACUAUCAGAGUUGGAAAAACUUCACUACAGCAAGCAUGGGGAGCAUUUAUUUUUUCCCACUGCUGUUGGGAAUGAUCUUCAAAAUAAGGUACUGAAGAGUCAGUUAUUUGUGGAAAGGUUUGUUGAGAGCAAGAGGCUGACCUUCUUGGACUAUAUUGCUAAUGGUUGUGAAUUGAAUUUCAUGAUUGCAAUUGACUUCACAGCUUCAAAUGGCAACCCCCGCCUUCCAGAUUCUUUGCACUACAUUGACCCGUCAGGUCGACUGAAUGCGUAUCAAAGAGCAAUACUUGAGGUUGGAGAAGUUUUGCAGUUUUAUGAUUCUGAUAAGCGAUUUCCUGCUUGGGGCUUUGGAGCUAGGCCAAUUGAUGGCCCUGUUUCUCAUUGUUUUAACUUGAAUGGAAGCACAUACCAGUCUGAGGUUGAAGGAAUCCAAGGUGUCAUGUCAGCUUACAUCAGUGCCCUCCACAAUGUAUCAUUGGCAGGGCCUACCCUUUUCGGUCCAGUAAUCAACACUGCUGCUCUAAUAGCCAGCCAAUCUGUUGAAAGCAGUCAACAGAAGUAUUUUGUUCUACUUAUAGUCACGGAUGGAGUGAUAACUGAUCUUCAGGAAACUAAAGAUGCUUUGGUCAGGGCAUCUGAUUUGCCUUUAUCGAUCUUAAUUGUUGGAGUUGGUGGUGCCGAUUUCAAAGAAAUGGAGAUUUUAGAUGCGGACAAAGGGGAGAAAAUUGAGAGCUUGAGUGGACGAGUUGCAUCACGAGAUAUCGUGCAGUUUGUCCCUAUGCGGGAUGUUCAAGGUGAUCAAGAAUCAGUAAUUCAUGCUCUCCUUGCUGAAUUGCCAGGGCAGUUUUUGACUUACAUGCAGAGUAGAGAUAUUCAACCUCUCAGCUAAUUUUAGUUUGCUAUGGGUUUGUUUCCAUCAUUCAGCUUUCAUCCUCUAUUUUCAUCUUGUGUGUUCAUCAUCUCCCCUUUUGGUGCCCUAGAUCUUUUUUGAUCACCCAAAGGCAUUCAUCUACUUCUUUUACCUUCCUGCCCCCAUAAUUUUGUUCAUAAUUUCAAUUUUACCUUUAGCUUUCAUCCUUCAAAGAGGCAAAAAGCCAAGCCCCCUGUCAAUCUGGAGUUCGGCAUAACAAACUCAAUACAAAGGUUCUGCACGGAAAGCAAGAAACCCGAACGUUGCUGCAGAAUUUUACAUUGUAUGUGAAUAUAUUGUGGUUGUGCAUGUUAUGCAAUAUAUAAGCAUAGUCAUUCUCCUGCUAAAUUAGGUCUUUCCAGACUUGAUUACAACAUCUUCAAAAUAUUCAGUUGUGUUUAAUUCCCAAUUAUUCUCUUCA